AUGUCAUCCGCUAAACCGCAGCAUUUCAUGAACACAUCGGGCGACUCCGACUCCGUCUGGGUCCAUCGCAUGCCCUACUCUGAAUACCCUUCCUUCCCCACCUUGGACCGCGAUAUCCACACGGACGUCUGCAUCAUCGGUUCCGGCAUAGCGGGUAUAUCCACCGCAUAUGAGCUCGUCAACCGCGGGAAGCGAGUCACCAUGCUCGAAGCACGACACGUUGUGUCCGGGGAGAGCGGUCGCACAAGCGGACAUUUAACCAACGCGCUGGAUGAUGGAUACGAACAAAUUCAAAACAAACACGGAUUUCAUGGCGCGAAGAUAGCGGCGGAGAGUCAUGGCUGGGCCAUUGAUCGCGUUGGGGAGAUUACGAAGGCCCUUGGGAUUGACUGUGAAUACCGUCGGCUGCCGGCAUACGAAUUUUCCCAGUAUAACAGGGAGGACCCCAAACACGAGCACGAAGUCCACGGACUGAAGAAGGAAGUCGAAUUGGCACAGAAACUCGGCCUCAAUGCGACGUUUCGUGAAGGUCUCGCCGUUCCCGGCUGGGAUGGGAAGCCGGACCAGCGCGACGGGGCCGUCUUCCAUGACCAGGCGACAUUCCACCCAACCCGGUACUUUCUCGGUGUUCUUGGAUGGCUGGCAAAACAGCCCAAUUUUCAGUGUUUCGCGCAGACGCGCAUGAUCUCCCUUGAAGAGAAGGACGUUAUCCACGUUAAAACCGAACCCGGCUACACCGUGACGGCGCGCGACGCCGUCGAAGCAACCUGCGUACCGCUACAAAAACUCAGCAUUAUCGCGGAGAUGGAGUACAGCCGGACGUACUGUAUUGCCAUUCGCAUUCCACGGGGUACCGUCAAGGACUGUCUGAUCUACGACGAAGCAGAAGCGUAUAAGUACGUGCGACUAACGGGCUGCGACGACCAAGAUGACUACAUGGUGGUCGGUGGAUGUGACCAUAAAGUUGGGCAAGAGGAUGUAAGCGGCCGCUUCGACGAGUUGGAGACUUGGGCCCGCGAACGGUUUCUCCAGGCUGGAGCCGUCGAUUACCGAUGGAGCGGACAGGUCUUUGAACCCGUCGAUUACAUGGCUUUCAUUGGCAAGAACCAGGGCCAGAACCACGUGUACGUCGUAACGGGGGAUAGCGGCGACGGGCUCACCCAUGGCGUCUUGGCUGGACGACUACUGGCGGACGAGAUCGGGGGCAUCAAGAACCCUUGGGCUUUCCUCUACCAACCCAGUCGUGUGGGCAGCAUUGCCAAGUCCUUGCCAAGCAUGCUGGAGCACGAUGUCCAGAUUAACACACAAUACAAGCGCUACUUGCAGUCCGAUAUCAAGGAUAUUGAAGAUCUCGGGGCCAACACCGGCGGCGUGCUCCAUGACAGUCUCACCUCGAAACCAGUGGCUGUCUACAAGGAUGGAGACGGACAGACGUAUAAGUUCAGCGCUGUGUGUCCCCAUAUGAAAGGGGUCCUGAGCUGGAACCAGACGGAAAAGAGCUGGGAUUGCCCAGUACAUGGGAGUCGGUUCAGCUGCGAGGGCGUCUGUGUUGAUGGACCAGCGAAAUCCAACCUGACUCCCAUGGAUAGCGCAUCUCGGCACAGGCAAAUUCCUGUUUAG